AAAUCUGAAAAUAAGCAGCGAGCCUGUCUGUGCGUCGGGUAUAAAAGGCUCACACAGCGUCUUCUCACCACAGUUCACUGCAACAACUCUGCACUGAAAACGUCUUGUGGCUUCUUCAUUCCCUACUUCAGGAUGAAUUUUCAAAUCUUUGCUCUGGUGAUGAUGCUCCUGGCCUGUGUGGAGCACAGCCUGGCCUCCUGUGUGGUGGACAGCUUCACAGUCAAACAGGACUUUGACCCCAAAAGAUACGCAGGGAAGUGGUACGCUCUGCAGAAGAAAGAUCCUGAGGGUUUGUUCCUGCAGGACAACAUCUCUGCUGAGUACGCGGUUGGCAAUGAUGGCUCCAUGGUGGCCUCCUCCAGAGGCAGAGUCACUCUCUUUGGGUUCUGGGUUGUCUGUGCUGACAUGGCUGCUCAGUACACAGUCCCUGACCCUGGCAACCCUGGUAAAAUGUUUAUGGACUACCAGGGCCUGGCCAGUUACCUGUCCAGUGGCGGUGACAACUACUGGGUCAUUGAUACAGACUAUGACAACUAUGCCAUCACCUAUGCCUGCCGCACCCUGAAGGAUGACGGAACCUGCGAGGAUGGCUAUGCUCUAGUCUUCUCCCGCAACCCCCGUGGCCUCCCCCCUGCCAUCCAGAGAGUGGUCCGCCAGAAGCAGGAGGAAAUCUGCAUGGCCGGACAGUUCCAGCCUGUGCUGCAGUCCGGAGCUUGCUAAACAAAUGCUCAUCUGGGGCAUGUUGAGCAACCCUACAUUAAAGUGGAUCCAAGAGAAUAAGCCUGUCACAUUCCAACUACGUGACCAACAUCAGAUAAAUCCAAUCCAUAACCCUGUGAAAACUUUAAACCUGCCACGACAAAAAUACAAUUUAAAUCCACUGGAAACUAUUAGCGAUGGAGUGGAUAUCAUCAAAUAACCAGCUGUAUCAAACUGUCACACUGGUGGGUAACAUCUGCACUGUGCCAUUCUGCAUCGGUGACAAUAAAUUUUGUAAAGAAA